UAUGCUAAAAUUAUAAACUUAAUAAAAAUAAAUUUAUUUGUAAAAACCCAAAAACACAAACAGUAAUAAUUGAUAGUGUUGAAAUGGAUGCCGUACAUGUGAACGUACCUUUACGAACGGGUAAAAAAAUGAAAAAACGUAAAGAAUUAGAUGCACUAGUUGCAAACUCAAUAGCAAAACGUUCGUGUACGGGUGGUGUAGGUGUUGGAAAUUGUGGGCAUCAUCAUUCGAUUAUUAAUAAACGUUCAACAACAGCGGGUAAUGGUAUUAGUUCACAGGAUCAGCUGUUAUCCGAAUCCACGGAUGAACAAGAAACGUAUUGGAAUAAUUGUGGUGCGGAUACAGUUAGUACAAAACGAUCACGUAAUUUACAUAUAACACGUCGUCGUACGUUGUUAUCGUUAAUGCGAGCGUGUACCGCGUUGUUAGUGUUUACGUGUGUUGUUGCAACAAUUACUGUUAUGUGGUUGUUAAUUGAUGUACGGGAGCAGAUUACAUCGUUACGAUCUGAAUUAGAUCAAGUUGUUGCUAGUAAUCAAGGUGUACCAGAAGCAUUACAAAAAUGCCAUUCAGUCUCACGUGGACUACAACAAAAUCAAACACAAUUAGCAAUACAGUUAAAUAAUUUUCGACAGCAAUUAGAAAAUUUUACACAACAAUUUAAUGAUAUUAAAAAUGGUUUGAAUCAAGUACAACAACGAUUAAAAGAGAAUCCAGAUUUAAUAAAUAUACCGCAACAAGUUUCAAUUUUACAAAAUUCUGUUGCGGAAUUUGGUGGUCAAAUGAAAGAUGUGACAACCACUGUACAAUCAUUAAAAGAACAAACUACGAAAUUUACUUCAACAAAUAAUGAUAUUGUACAAAAUAUGACUGCAAUACAGGCUACAGUGUCGCAAAUUUUACAAAAUAAUGUGACUAUUAACAAUCCAAAUAAUCAAAAAGUGUUAUUGGAUGAAAAACAAGAAAUUAAUAAUUUAAUAUCACAAUUACGAACAAAUGUUUCACAUAUAAAUGAGACUUUAACACAAGGGUUACAAUGGCUCGUAGAUGAUCAGCAUAAAGAUCAUCAAAUAAUUAUUGGUUUACAAGAAAUGAAUCAAAGUAUAUUCGCAAGAGUAUCAAACUUAGAAGAUAUAUGUAGCAAAACUGAUCAUAAUCAAGUUGAAAAUCUUGCACAAAUUAAUAAUUUAUCGCAAAAUAUAUCUACAGCAGUAAGUAAAUUCCAACAAACUGAUACAGCCGUACUGACUUUACAAGCACAAGUACAUGAUCUAAAUACAAAAUACUCCGAUCAAAAUGUAACAUUAAAUGAAUUAAAAGAUGCUUUAUUACAAUUAUCACAAACAAUGCCUGAUAACAAUAGUAAUAAUAACAAUAAUAAUAAUAAUAAUAAUAAUAAUCCUAUUCCUAGUAAAGAAACACCGUCCAGUAUAAAUAUUAAUACUAAUAAUUCGACUACAUUAUCAAUGUUGUUGGAACCAACUGUACCUAGUAAUAAUUUACAAUCGAAUACGAUGAAUUCAAGCAUGGAAACAAAUACCACAUCUAUACAACCGCAAUCGCAGUCACAACAACCGGUAAUACAACAACCGAAUGUUAAACCGAAAACCUUAUCAAUGUCAUGAAUAAUUUUAUUACAUUUAUUAAUUUAUUAUAGAAAACUUUUAUUACAUCGUAUUUAUAAUUUUAAGUUUGUACAAAAUUAUUAUUUUUAUUUUAAUCUAUUUCUGUAAAAAAACAAAUCAUACUUUUUUUGGGUUAUUCUGGGAUAGCGAAACUUCUUUAUUUGGUGGAGAUAGGUUGGAGUGGUAUUUACAUUCUUGAGUAAAAAGAUACGUCUACUAUCGAAAAAACCGGAUAAAAAUUGUGUGAAUGAGAUGAUUAGGAUACGUUCAUCUGUAGUAGAUAAUUAGUUUUUCAGAUAUCGUCGAAAAUCGGUUAAAAAUAUAGGAUUUUGAACGGCAUUUAUGUGAUGAUUGAAUGCAUAGUUUCUGAGAUAUUGUCCAAAAUCCCAUACAAAAAGUAAUUUAUCGGAUUGAUUUGUUGAUAAUUCUCAUUACUUUCAUUCAGUAAACACAAUAUUUCGAUGGUUAUUAGCGCUCAAGUAUUAGUAAAAAUUCGGGGUAUAAACUAAAGAAGUUUCGAGUUCGUCAUGUGAUAUUUUUAGAAUAUUC